AUGACGAUGAUGCUUACAUUGAUGCUGAUGGAGGUUCAGAACUCUCAAAUUGAGGAUAUGAUUAGUAGAGACAGAGAUUGUGGUCGUGGCCAUGGCCGAAGCCGAAAGGGAGGCCUAGGCUUUUUACCGGUUGCUCCCGUUUGGGUUCCUCUUGCUGCUGCUGUUCACGUCAUUGCUGCUGCUGUUCGCGUUCAGAGUGGCAGCUGUGCUUUUAUACAAAAAGCAAUGCCGAAGUGUAAACGUUUUGCUAAUCCGCUGAAAUCAGCUCCUCAAUCUGAAAGGGGUUUUGAUCAAUCUAAUAAGGACAUAGUACACAAUUCACCUACGGAUAGCUCACCACCUAAUCAUGAUUCCAUAACGCAAGAUGGAACUAUUAAGACUAGAAGGCUAAAAGUUAAAGAAAUGGAUAAUUUAACUAGAGAUGAGCAAGUUAUAGUAAACUUUGAAGAUCAACAAGCUAUUGGGGAAAGUCAAGGUUUACUUGCUGGAUAUUUAAGGACAUUAGCAGUUGAUUGUAAGUUAUUUCCAAUCAACUUUUCAAAGUGGUCAGGACCUCUAGGUAUACCUCGAUCUAGGUUUGAAGAGUGUUUUAGUAACUUGCUGAAGCCAAAAUUUCAUUUCAAAAUUUCUGAGGGCAUUGCAAAGCGAUAUUGCAAAUUGAACCUUGCAAAAAAGUGGUCACAACAUAGAAUUAAGUUGUGGAAUGAGUUCUAUGAUCCAUGUAUGAGUAGACAAGCAAUCAUUGAUAAUGUCCCAGUUGGCAUCGACAGAGAUCAAUGGGCAUCUUUCAUUCAAUAUCGGUUUCUACCUUUUACAAUGGAGAUGUGUAGGAGAAACAAAGAAGUUCGCAAGAAGCAAACAAUUUCCCAUACUGGUGGCUCAAAACCCAUCUCAAGGAAAAGACAUGAAAUAUUUUUACAAACUGGGCGAAAAAUUAGCCGUGGAGAAAUGUAUAUAGCAACUCAUAAGAAAAAAGAUGGGUCCUUUGUGACUGAUGAAGCAAGGAAUAUAGCGGAACAAAUUGAACUACUUAUGACUCAAAAUGAAAAAGAUGAAUCUGGACCAUCCACAAAUGAUGCUAUUGGCAAAGUGUUUGGGGAGGAACAUUCUGGUAGGGUGCGAUGCUUGGGAAUGGGAGCUACACCUACUAACACUUUCAGAGGUGCCAAUCAUCCUGGCCAGUUUGCUAAUUCUUCAAUUUCAAUGUCUUCUACCAAUUACUCCCAAACUGAUUUUAAACGUUUAGAAUCUAAAUUUGAUGGGACAUUGACUGCACUAAAGGCUUAUUUCCUUUCUAAAGAAGGAAGAAUUCCUGCUAAUGAUGUUGAGAAUGAAAUUAUUACACCAGCAACAGAAAGAGCAUCAUCAUCAGGUGGAAGCAAUGAAAAUUGUGAAGACAUUGUUUAG